AUGUGGGUUGCUUGUCAAAGAUAUAAACAACCGCUUAAGCGAUUUGUUCAUUUGCGAAAUAUUGCAAUAAAACAAACAAAAUCAAUCGCUGUAAACAAAAGUGUCUUUUUUCAUUCUUCUGCUCAAACAUUGGAUACAAAGGAAGAUCCUCAAACGGUCUAUAGUGUAAGACCUACUGGUUUCUGGGUCGAUAAGAUUUUACAUCAUGAAUCAAAGAAACCAAUCACUUCUCCAUCCAAACCUCGUCAAUUGGUUGACCGAACAAUGAAGGAUAGUUAUAUGGAAGAAUAUCUUCCCUUCAAGUCUUCUCCCGAGCUUUUAGAAGAAUAUGUUUUCUCUGAUGGUAGAAUUCGUACUGGGAAAUUAUUAGAAGAUUUGGAUGCGCUUGCAGGUGCCAUAGCCUAUAAGCAUAUUGACAACGGAGACCCUGAUGCUUCUCCAGUCACGAUUGUUACAGCAAGCGUUGAUCGCCUGGAUUUGUUUUUACCCGAAGCAGGUGUUCAGAACUAUAAAUUAAGCGGUCAUGUCACUUAUGUUGGUAGUAGUUCUAUGGAAAUCUUUAUCAAAGCAGAGACUGUACCAGAAAAUGAAGUUGGCAAUGCUGGUAAUGGAAGGAACAUUGAGAACCCGGAGAAUCUCGGUAUCUUGAGCAAGAACACAGUGUUGGCUACAAGAUUUACCAUGGUCGCUAUCGACUCUGUAACACAAAAGCCUGUCAAGAUUAACUCUCUUAAAUUGACUUCUCCUGCUGAAGAACGACUUUUUGAAAUGGCUGAGGCCAACAAAAAAAGAAAGAAGCGUGCUGCAGAAAUUGCACUUACUCGUCAACCUCCUACACCUGAAGAACGUUUGGAUAUUCACGAUAUCUUUCUUCAAUACUCUCAAUACACCCAUGGUGAACACGGGGAUGAUUUUUUGACCGCCCGUUGUACAGACGAAAUGCAACCUUUGCCUGACAACAUGGUAUGGAUGCGUGAUACAAAGAUUGAAAGCAACUUUUUGAUGCAACCUCAAGACCGUAACAUUCACAACAAUAUCUUUGGUGGUUAUUUGAUGCGUCGUGCUUAUGAAUUAGCUUAUGCCAACACUGCUCUUUUCAUGAAGACUUCCUCACCUACUUUGUUGUCUAUGGAUGAAGUCACUUUCAGAAAGCCUGUGCAUGUCGGCACCCUGCUCAACUUGAGAUCUGGUAUUGUUUUAUCCGAAGGCUAUCCUCACCGCACAGUACAAGUACGUGUGAUUGCGGAAGUUGUGAGUAUUGAAAAGGGCACACGUGAAACAACAAAUGUGUUUCAUUUCACAUUGGCUACUGGUAGUGAAAAAGUCAAGCUUCGUCGUAUUCUUCCUAGAACCUAUGCUGAAACAAUGCUUUGGAUUGAUGCUAAACGUAGGCGUUUCCAAGGCAUUCAUGCCAGACACGCCAUGUUAGAAGCCGGUGUGAUGCAAAACUAA